GCUAAAUUUUAUGGCCGGAAUGAUAGGCUCGGGGCUGCUCCGUGGAGUACAAAUUUGGCCGCCGCUUCUUCUCUCCGCCACAUCCGCCAGCUUGGCAUCGACGUUUCGUCCGGGUCUCGGAUAGCUUCGGGGAGGCGCACUUCGAUUGAUCGGAAGAAGCAGCGAUCAGGAGGACGAGGGUUUGCGCUUUGUUUGGGAUGGAAUCGGGAAGGCCGAAGGAUGUGGGCAUUCUCGCGAUUGACAUUUACUUCCCUCCGUCUUGCGUCCAACAGGAAGCGCUUGAGGUUCAUGAUGGGGCGAGUAAAGGGAAGUAUACUAUUGGGCUUGGCCAAGACUGUAUGGCCUUCUGCACUGAGGUGGAAGAUGUGAUCUCAAUGAGCUUGACAGUUGUAACAUCCCUCCUAAAGAAAUAUCAGAUUGAUCCUAAACAGAUUGGCCGUCUAGAAGUUGGCAGUGAGACAGUCAUAGACAAAAGCAAGUCCAUCAAGACAUGGAUAAUGCAAAUAUUUGAGGAAUAUGGUAAUACUGAUGUUGAAGGCGUUGACUCAACAAAUGCAUGCUAUGGCGGAACAGCUGCCUUGUUUAAUUGUGUUAACUGGGUAGAAAGUAGCUCAUGGGAUGGACGCUAUGGAUUGGUUGUCUGUACAGAUAGUGCAGUUUAUGCAGAAGGGCCAGCUCGGCCUACUGGUGGUGCUUCUGCCAUUGCAAUGCUGAUUGGACCAAAUGCCCCUUUUGCUUUUGAAAGUAAAUACAGGGGAACCCAUAUGAGUCAUGUCUAUGAUUUCUAUAAGCCAAACCUUGCAAGUGAAUAUCCGGUUGUUGAUGGCAAGCUAUCACAGACAUGCUACCUCAUGGCCCUUGAUGCUUGUUAUAACCGGUACUGCAGCAAAUUUGAAAAGUUUGAAGGAAAGCAGUUUUCAAUCUCUGAUUCAGAUUAUUUUGUUUUUCAUUCUCCGUAUAACAAGCUUGUACAGAAAAGCUUUGCUCGUCUCUACUUUAAUGACUUUCUGCGAAAUACAAGUGCUGUUGAGAAGGAUGCAAAAGAGAAACUUGAGCCUUUUUCAAACUUGAUUGGUGAUGAAAGUUAUCAAAGUCGUGAUCUUGAAAAGGUUUCUCAGCAAGUUGCCAAGACAUUAUAUGAUGCAAAAGUUCAACCCUCUACUUUGUUGCCAAAACAACUUGGAAAUAUGUACACUGCAUCUCUUUAUGCUGCAUUUGCAUCUGUUAUUCACAACAAGCAUAAAACUCUGGUCGGCCAGCGGAUUGUAAUGUUCUCAUAUGGAAGUGGCCUUACAUCAACUAUGUUUUCUUUCAAGCUUCAGGAAGGCCAACAUCCAUUUAGUCUGCCAAAUAUUGCCUCCAUUCUCAAUGUAUCAGAAAAGCUUGAGAGAAGACAUGUGGUUCCACCUGAAAAGUUUGUGGAGACACUGAAGUUGAUGGAACAUAGAUACGGAGCCAAGGAUUACGAAACAAGCAGAGACACAAGCUUACUGACACCGGGAACCUUCUACCUCAUGAAGGUCGACUCCAUGUACCGUCGACAUUAUGCCAGGAAGGAUGCCUAGGAAGCUGAACAUGGUGAAAUUGGUUCUUUAGCCGAUGGUCAUUGAUGAUGAGCUUCCAAAAAUAAGGAAGCUGGCAAAGAACCAGCUGAUGUUGUUGCAAUAGUUUUAAUGUCGAUGCGACUUUUGGACUUAGCACUCUAAUAAAUGAAUCUGUUAUAUGAAGUGGCAAGCACUUUAAUAAUGAAUCUGAUAUAUGAAGUGGCAAGCGAUUUGUUUGAGCUACCUUCCUAAUUUGUAGCCAAUAUAUUCAUUCGUUUGAGAACUUUGUUUUGAAUGUAGUUAUACCAUUUACUAUGA